AAGUGUGACACAGAAGUUUUGUCUCCGUGUCGCGUCCACCCUGAGCUCGCCGUUUCACGGGGCUUUCACGCCUCACAAAUCUCCGCCACCUGCCACCUGUCUCUCUAGACCCCUUCGGAAAAUCUAUAGCUUUUUACUUAAAAUGAUACCUCAGACGUACAGAGAACAGACUACAGACUACAGAGAGGUCCCUUCUUCCUCUUUUGGUUUCUGAUUCUUUAAUUCUCUCUCUGAUCGAAUCCUUAAGGAAGAGCCAGCCAUACCAUGAGGGUGCCUGUUGGUUUUCUUGCUAAGCUAUGGAGCUUUGUGUACUUUCUGCCCUUCUUCUUCUUGCUCCUCGUUCUGGGACUUGUCAAAGCUUCAAUCAUUUGUCCAUUAGUAGUGGGUAUUAUUGUGAUUGGUAAUUCAGCUGUUAUAAUUGGGCUUUGGAUUGCUCAUUUUAUCUGGACAUUCUAUUGUGUUGCAAGAACCAAGAGACUUGGGCUGGUUCUGAAAUUUGUGGUAUUAUUGUUGUUGCCACUGCCUUUGGUCCUUUGGCCAGUCGUUGGAAUUGCUGCUAGUUUUUUGGGUGGAAUUGGAUAUGGAUUCUUUGCUCCUCUUCUUGCUACUUUUGAGGCUGUUGGAGAGAAUGUUAGGGACAAAUUCUAUCACUGUUUUGUUGAUGGCUGUUUACCUGCUAUCAAAGGGAGCUGCACAGUGUUACGGGAUUUCACAGAUUUUUGCUUCCAUUCUUACUUCUCGUAUAUGGAUGAAUUAAGUGAGAAAGUCCCAGAGGAUGAAAAGCCCAUGGAUGUGAAGUUAUCAAGAUUGCCAAGUUGUUUGUUGGUGAUCCUAAUUGCUGUGCCUGUAGAUGUGCUUCUGAUAACCGUUGUUGCACUCUGGAAAAGCCCAUACAUGCUGUUCCAAGGAUGGAAAAGGCUAUUAGAGGACUUGAUUGGUAGAGAAGGGCCAUUCCUGGAGACAGUUUGUGUUCCAUUUGCAGGGCUUGCAAUCAUCCUGUGGCCUUUGGCAGUUGUAGGAUCUGUGAUAGGUGCCAUUAUAUCCAGCUUAUUUCUAGGACUUUACAGUGCAGUGAUAGUCCAUCAGGAAGACUCGCUCCUGAUGGGACUUGCCUAUGUUGUGGCAGUGGUUUCACUAUUUGAUGAAUAUGUAAAUGAUUUACUCUACUUGAGUGAAGGAUCGUGCUUGCCCAGGCCUAGAUAUCGAAAAAACAUGAGCUCAGAAACAGAUGACAGCAACAAUGGUAUGAAGAGCAGAAGAGAAAACUCUCUGGAAGCAAAACUAUCCUCAGAAAGAUCAAGAACACUGAAGUGGUCUGGCUGUCAAUAUAAACCAGUACAUGUAUGGGAUUGGCUAUUUACAUCCUGCGAGGUGACUGGCAGGAAACUCCUUCAUGAUGGCCUGAUAAAUAUCAAGGACAUUGAGACAUGCGCCAUGAAGGGUGAUUGUAAGAAGUUGAGCAUCAAACUACCGGCCUGGUCCCUAUUACAGUGUCUGCUUGCCUCUGCGAAGUCAGACUCAUCUGGGUUGAUUAUCUCUGAAGAUGUAGAGUUGACAAGAUAUAAUGCACCAAGAGAUAAAUUGUUUGAGUGGUUAAUCGGACCAUUAUUGAUCAUGAAAGAGCAAAUAAAGAAACUCCAAUUAGAUGAAAAUGAAGAAAACUGCCUGAGAAGGUUAAUUAUAAGGUCCAAAAAUGAAAAUCCUGAGGAUUGGGAUGACUCUGGAUUUCCAUCUAAUGACCAUGUCAGAAGAGCACAAUUGCAGGGCAUAAUUAGAAGAUUGGAGGGCAUUGUGACCUUCAUGACACACAUACCAACCUUCCGGCGUCGCUUUAUGAAUUUGGUGAAGUUGUUGUAUUUAGGGGAAAUUCAGGCUGCUGCUGCUGCUUCAUCUGUGACAGAUUGGAGAGCAUUGUAACCUUGUCACAUCUGCUUAAAAUUAAUCCAACUUGAUUACCUCGGUCAGUGGUUUAAAGGAUCAUACCUUAGAAAGUUUCAUAACGAAUUGAUCUGGAAUGAGUGAUGUUAAAUAUUUUUCGCCAAAGACAUUAUUGAUAAAUGGAACUUCUGAAUCAACAAGAUUUAACCGCAUGGUUUUGUUUGUAUUAUAAUAUGAUUAUUCUUUUGAGAUGUGGGAAAUGUACAUAAGGUAGCGGGUUUAUUUGUAAAAUUGGUUGUAAUUAUUUCUUUUGGUUGUGUAUGGAUUCCAGGUCUUGUAUUAUGAGUUUAAGCAUGUAAGUUCUUCCUCUUUGAACAUGUGAAAACGGGCUGUAAAUGAACUAAUGUUGAGUAAAUCUGGAUUUUGAGAUA